AUGGAUCGAAGUUGGAUAACAACAAUAAAGAUAGGUGACCCAAAAUAUGAUGCUGGAGUUAUGCAAUACAUUAAAUUUGCUUUGGAAAAUAACAGUGAAGGCCGUGAUAAAUUUCCUUGUCCUUGUUAUAUGUGUCAUAAUCUUAUGCAUCACAAAGUUGACGUAAUCCUUAGUCAUUUGCGUAAAUGGGAAUUUGAUAUAACAUAUACUUGUUGGUAUCGUCAUGGUGAAAAAAUGGGAGGAACUUCUGGUCAACAAGGCCAUACUGAUGAGGGUGAUAGUUUGGAGGACAUGAUGGAUCAACUUCAUGAAGAAGUUGUUGAUGAUCCUCAGGUGUUAGAAGAAUUGUUGACUGAUUCCGAGAAGCCCUUAUACAAAGAUUCUAAGUACUCAAAAUUAUCAGCUAUAGUUAACCUAUACAAUGUGAAGGUGGGUCAUAGUGUGACAGAUGAGUGUUUUUCUGCGUUCCUUAAGCUCUUUAAAGACAUACUUCCACCCGACAAUGUUUUGCCUGACGCUACAUAUAGGGCAAAAAAGAUGUUGUGCACAACGGACUUGAAUUAUGAAAAAAUUCAUGCUUGCCCUAAUGAUUGCAUAUUGUAUAAAGAUGAAUAUGAAUCUUUAAAGAAUUGCCCCCAGUGCAAUGUCUCGAGGUACAAGAAAAAGGAAGGAGUUCCGGCUAAGGUUUUGUGGUAUUUUCCAAUAAUAUCAAGGUUCAAAAGGAUGUAUUCAAAUUCAGAAGAUGCAAAGAGGUUGACAUGGCAUAAAUUUGGUCGAGAAAAAGAAGAUGGGAUACUUAGACACCCAGCUGACUCUCCACAAUGGAGAUUUAUUGAUGCAGAGUUUAGUGAUUUUGGUAAAGAAGAACGAAACCUACGCCUUGGAUUGUCUACUGAUGGUAUGAAUCCAUAUAGUUCCAUUAGCAGCACUUACAGUAUUUGGCCGGUCAUGUUAGUGGCUUACAACUUACCUCCUUCCUUAUGUUUGAAAAGAAAGUACAUUAUGUUGUCAAUGCUUAUUUCCGGGCCAAAACAACCGGGAAAUGACAUCGAUGUGUACUUGACACCUCUUAUUGACGAUUUAAAGUUAUUGUGGGAAAAAGGUGUAGAAGUAUUUGAUGCUAGUCGGAAUGAAAUGUUCAAUUUAAGAGCCAUGUUGUUCUGCACCAUCCAAGAUUAUCCUGCUUAUGGUAAUCUUUCUGGUUAUACAGUGAAAGGGGGAUGUGCUUGUCCUAUAUGUGAAGAUGAUCAUGAGUAUCGAAAACUGAAAAAGGCUUUUACUGGCGAGCAAAAUUUUGAAAGUCGUCCAAGCGUCUCUACUGGCGAAGAAGUGUUUGAAAAGGUAAAAAACAUUGAAAUUACAUUUGGCAAGUUGAAGAAAAAUAAAGGUGCUCUGCCAAAACAGGGAUACAAGAAGUGUUCAGUUUUUUGGCGCCUUCCUUAUUGGAGAUUUCUUUUUGUCAGGCAUUCUUUAGAUGUGAUGCAUAUUGAAAAGAAUGUGUUUAAUAGUCUGAUUGGUACGUUAUUGAAUAUGCCGGGGAAGACAAAAGAUGGUCUUAAUGCUCGAAGUGACUUGGAAGAAUUGGAUAUUAGAAAGGAACUCCAUAUUGUUGAGGAGACCGGAAAGCGCAAGUAUUUACCCCCUGCUGCUUAUACACUGUCCAAAAAGGAGAAAGUCGAGCUUUGUACAUCCUUAGCUGGAGUUAAAGUGCCUAAGGGUUAUUCUUCGAACAUUUCUUCGCUUGUUUCAGUGGAGAAUACGAAACUCGUGGGGUUGAAGUCUCAUGAUUGCCAUGUUUUGAUGAAAGAUUUCUUACCCAUCGCUAUUCGUUCAAUUUUGCCUAAAAAUGUACGAUAUGCGAUUAUUAGGUUAUGUUUUUUCUUCAAGUCAAUAUACAGUAAAGCCAUUAAAACUAAAGAUUUGGAUUCUUUGGAGAUUGAAAUUGCUGUCAUUUUUUGCCAAUUGGAGAUGUAUUUUCCCCCGGCGUUUUUUGAUAUCAUGAUACAUUUGCCUAUUCACUUGGUAAGAGAGAUUAGAUUUUGUGGUCCCGUGCACAUGAGAGCUCAAUGGGCCUUUGAAAGGCAAAUGAAAACCUAUAAGGGAUAUGUUAAGAAUGCUUAUCGACCCGAGGCUUGUAUCGCAGAGAGAAUGUUGUAUGAGUUAGCUAUGGAAUAUUCCUUUGAACAUAUAGAUCAUGUGAAGACAAUAGGGGUUCCUAAAUCUCGACACAGUGACCGAUUUGAUGGAAAGGGAACCAUAGGUCGUAGGGAACUUGACAUGUCUCUUGACAAGUGGCACAUGGCACACACAUAUAUUCUUUUCAAUGAAGAUGAAGUUGCACCUUAUGUCAAUCGGCACAUGUCUUUCUUGGAGUCGCGAAAUCGAAAGGCUAACCAGAAAGCAUUAGCUACUGAACAUAGUAAAUCAUUUCGUAUUUGGUUCAAAGAUCAAGUAACGAAAGAGUUCCAAAAUUCAUCACAACCAUUUUCUGAUCGACUUAAGCAUUUAGCAUAUGGUCCUAGUUUCUCUGCCUCGUUUUACUCUGCAUAUGCCAUUAAUGGUUGUACGUUUUAUACAAAGGAGCAAGAUGAUAAGAGUACUAUGCAGAACAGCGGGGUAUCUCUUGAAGCGGAAGCAAUGCAUUUUUCUAGUGCUAAAGACAAUCGUCCUGUCUAUAGUAAAAUGCAAUACUAUGGGGUAAUUGAUGAGAUUUGUGAGUUGCAUUAUUUGGGUUUUUCUAUACCUGUUUUUGGUUGCAAAUGGGCAGACAACAACAACAACGUUGUCUUUGAUUGCUUAGGCCAUACUUCAAUGAACCCUAACAAACUUGGUCACAAGGAAGAUCCUUAUAUUUUGGCUAGUCAAGCUAAACAAGUGUUUUAUGUGACUGGCCCAAGUGAUAAAAGAAGGUCAAUAUUACUUACAACAAAACUUCGAUAUGCCAUUAAUGACCAUGAUGACAAUAUUGUAUUUGAGGAAAGGUCUACCCCUAGUGAGGUGCAAAGUGUGAAUGAUAGUGUUGAUGAUACUUCGGCAUAUGUACGUAGUGACCAUGAAGAAGGGAUUUGGGUUGAGGAGGAAAAUAGAAAUAAAAUUCGAGCUAAAAAGCGUCUACGUAAAGGUUAA